GCCAUCAAUGAUGGAUGGGUAAAAGUAGUAGCAGCAAGUUCUAAACCAAGCAGUGUUCAUAGUGUGUAACGGAGCUUUUAAAAAUGACCUCGAAAUAUUUCUUUUUCCAAAUUAUAGUAUUUUUAACGCUCCUCAAAUUGAUCAUAGCCAAUGAGAAUGAAAAUCAGCAAGAUCUUGAAGUGAUAACUACAACAAAUAGAGGCGCACGCACCUGUCGCCGCUGCAUUGGGAAACUACAAUCCACGGGGCUGAUUAAACAGCUGAAGACCUUGAGAAUUAAUAGGCGUUGGGAGAAUGAGAAGGAAUUUCGUAAGGGCAUACGUUUCAAAUAUUAUAGGGAUGGUGAAAAAGUGUACGAAAGCGCUAGCGAUGAUCCCGAAGCUUUGUCGAAGUCUGGCUGCGCGCCUGAUGAUAAAUUUGCAUUUAUUUUGCAUGGUUGGCGUCAGAGUUGCGAGACCGAGUGGGUGCUCACGCUCAUCGAACGUCUCACAUAUCAUCGCGGCGGCUGUAUCGUAUGCAUUGACUAUGAGAUAUUCGCCAAGGACUCCUACAUGUGGUUAUAUCGUAGUUUUCGGCGCAUUUCAAAUAUAAUUACAAGACGCAUAUUGCUUUUGAUCAACGAGGGCUUCAUGCCGGAUAAUGGUUAUAUGUUUGGUUUCAGUUUCGGCGGACAGUUGGCAUCGGCGAUCGGACGAAGUUUGAGUCAAAAAUAUCUCUUUCGCAGCAUCGACACUUGCGAUAUGGCCGGUCCCGGCUUCGAUGUCUUCAUAAAUAUCGAUCAUCGUCAGGCUGCACGGCAUGUGCAAUGUUUACACUCUAGUCGCGAUAAAGGCACCCAGGUGUAUACCUGCCAUCAGAAUGUUCGCUUGGGUAGUUGUGGUCACUUUCAACCGGCUGCCGCUAGUCAACCCUAUUACAGCAGCCACGGCUUGUGCGUACAAAUCUAUAUAAAUGCCUUCGAUUAUCCUUUCUAUGCAAUGCAAUAUGAGCCAUCGUGGUGUGCCUCACGAAGAGCGGCAACAAAUAUACCCUAUAAGUAUACUAUUGGUUACAAUGAGACGCCGGAUUCGAGUAUACGCGGUGAAAUUUUCGUGCCAACUAGUCUACAUUUUCCAUAUAAUUUUUCUGAAAAAGAGAUGCUGAUGCUGGGAUUCUUCGAUGAAAAUGCGGAAAUUUAAAGCAGGAAACUUUAAAAAGUAAAAAUAUUAUAAUAUUAUUAAUAUUAAUAUUUUC